GCCACAGCCACCAGACCCCUCCUCCUCCAGUGCCCGCUGCGCCCCUCUGCUCCUGCUCAGCACAGCAGCUCCGCCAGCCCCGGGGCACCUCCCUCUGAUGACAGGCACCUCCACUGGGCUUUCAAACCAAGUCAUCGGAAGUUAACGUCUUCCCACCCGGCAGGGAAGGGGCGUUGGCAAAGAAUUCGGCUCACCGUUCCCCCUGCAAUCUUCUGGUGCCGGAAACGGGACCCCCCGCCAUGACCGACGCUGUGUUCAGCAGGGGCUCCAGCCGUUGGGUGUGUCCCAGUGACCGACCCCUUCAGUCCAAUGAUAAAGAACAGCUCCAGACGGGCUGGUCCGUCCACCCCGGUGGUCAGCCCGAUAGACAGAGGAAGCAGGAAGAGCUGACGGAUGAGGAGAAGGAAAUUAUCAACAGGGUGAUCGCGAGGGCCGAGAAAAUGGAAGCAAUGGAGCAGGAGCGGAUUGGGCGCCUGGUGGACCGUUUGGAGAACAUGAGGAAGAACGUGGCCGGGGACGGGGUGAACCGCUGCAUCCUGUGUGGAGAGCAGCUGGGGAUGCUGGGCUCUGCCUGUGUGGUGUGUGAGGACUGUAAGAAGAAUGUCUGCACCAAGUGUGGGGUGGAGACCUCCAACAACCGCCCGCAGCCCGUGUGGCUCUGCAAAAUCUGCCUGGAGCAGAGGGAGGUGUGGAAGCGCUCUGGAGCCUGGUUCUUCAAGGGCUUCCCCAAGCAGGUCCUCCCACAGCCGAUGCCUAUAAGGAAGCCCAAGGCCCAGCAGCCUGCCAGUGAGCCCACUGGCCCUGAGCAGCCCACCCCUGAGCCCACGCACACCACCCGGGCUCCAACUCGAGGUGACGCUGAAGACAGAAGGGGCCCAGGUCAGAAGCCAGGCCCUGAGCCGGCCUCUGCUCCUGGGCGCGGGAGCUACGGGCCGCCCGUGCGCCGGGCCUCGGAGGCACGGAUGAGCACACCCAGCCGGGACUCGGAGAGCUGGGGCCGGGGCCAGGGCCACAGCGGGGCGGCCGGGGACUCUAGCCGCAGCCCAGCAGGCUUGCGACGGGCCAACUCAGUCCAGGCCUCCAGACCGGCCCCAGCCUCAGUUCAGAGCCCAGCGCCACCUCAGCCCGGGCAGCCAGGGCCCCCAGGAGGCAGCAGGCCGGGCCCCGGGCCAGCUGGACGCUUUCCUGACCAGAGACCAGAGGUGGCUCCCGGCGACCCCGGCUACACAGGGGCCACUGCCCCACCCCGGGAGGAGAGACUUGCAGGGGUCGGAGCCAGGGAGGACAGAGCGGGCCACCCACCCGGCCUCUAUUCCCAAGUGUCUGCCACCGCCCCCCAGCCCGCCGUCGCCCCUGCCCGGCAGCCCCCACCCGCGGAGGACGACGAGGAAGAAGCCAACAGCUACGAUUCGGAUGAAGCAACCACCCUGGGUGCCCUGGAGUUCAGCCUUCUCUACGACCAGGAUAACAGCUCCCUGCACUGCACCAUCAUAAAGGCCAAGGGGCUGAAGCCCAUGGACUCCAACGGCUUGGCCGAUCCCUACGUCAAGCUGCACCUCCUGCCGGGAGCCAGCAAGUCCAACAAGCUUCGGACAAAAACCCUGCGGAACACCCGGAACCCCGUCUGGAAUGAGACCCUGGUCUAUCACGGCAUCACGGACGAGGACAUGCAGAGGAAGACCCUCAGGAUCUCCGUCUGUGACGAGGACAAGUUUGGCCACAACGAGUUUAUCGGCGAGACCAGGUUCUCCCUCAAGAAGCUGAAGCCCAACCAAAGGAAGAACUUCAAUAUCUGUCUGGAGCGGGUCAUCCCGAUGAAGCGCGCCGGAACCACCGGGUCCGCCCGAGGCAUGGCCCUCUACGAGGAGGAGCAGGUGGAGCGCAUCGGCGACAUAGAGGAACGUGGCAAGAUCCUGGUGUCCCUCAUGUACAGCACACAGCAGGGAGGCCUCAUCGUGGGCAUCAUACGUUGCGUGCACCUGGCCGCCAUGGACGCCAACGGCUACUCAGAUCCAUUCGUCAAGCUCUGGCUGAAACCAGACAUGGGAAAGAAGGCCAAACACAAGACACAGAUUAAGAAGAAAACCUUGAAUCCUGAGUUUAAUGAGGAGUUCUUCUAUGACAUCAAACACAGCGACCUGGCGAAGAAGUCCCUGGACAUCUCGGUCUGGGACUAUGACAUCGGGAAGUCCAACGACUACAUCGGAGGCUGCCAGCUGGGGAUCUCGGCCAAGGGAGAGCGCUUAAAACACUGGUACGAGUGCCUGAAAAACAAGGACAAGAAGAUCGAGCGCUGGCACCAGCUACAGAACGAGAACCACGUGUCGAGCGACUAGGAUGGUGCCCAGGUCUCCGGCUCCAUGUCCCGCCCCCCCCGCCCAGCUCACGCCCCGCCCCCCAGCCUGACCCGACAGCCCACGGCACCCUGCUCUCUCUUCUCUACGCCUCCCCGCCCCGUCCCCUGCCACCCUCCCUGCGCCUCUCUUUGGGGUCUCCCCCUCACCUUGGGCACUGCCGCCAAAGACCGCCUCCUCCCUCCGCCACGCUGCUGCUGCCGCUGCCGCUGCCGCGAUGAGAUGCGGGCUCUGAACGCAGCCCCUUUCUGGUCUCCCCAGGAUGGGGCCGUCCGGGCAGGGGUGGGGGGAUUCGUGCAAGGAGGCUGUUCGUUCCACAGCCUUCCAGUGUGGGCAGUUACAAGCGGUUUUCAUCACUUAGGACUGUUUUGAGACCCUCCUGGCCUUGAACAGACACACACACACACACACACACACAACUCGUGUUUCCCAUGUCACAUCUGUGUGUCCCCUCAGUGCUGUGGGGACCCUGUGUUCCGGGGCAGACGUGGAACAGCCAGGCCCCCACCGCCUCUGCCCAGGUACACCCCAGUUGCCAGGGAAACGGGCCACCGUGUCCAAGCUCCCUGGUGACCAGGAACGCACCCUCCCAGCCCCCAGAUACUUCGAGAAGCGGACGCGCAAAAUACACACAGGGACUCCGGUAACCUCCUCCUUCAGGACGGCACCUGUUUGCUUCCUAGCAAGAAAACGACACCUGUUUUCUGGUCCCCCCCAACCCCCCCACUCUCUGUCCCUUCCUGUCCCAUUCCCCACAUGAAACUCUCUACCCCCAUCUCUCCCCCCACUCGCUCCUCGCUCCCUCUCCAAAGGGGUUCAAUAUCAAAAGCAAAAAAUAUCUUAACACCAUCUCACGCCCUGGCUUCCUCUCACCACCGGCCAGACCAGCAGAACCUGAAAUUCCACCCAUACCCUCACUCUUUAAGCUACCCACUUGUCCUGUUGGCCUGGCCGGGUGGCCCUGGGCUAAGGACCCUCGCUGCCCCAGGUGCCUGGCAGCAUCCUGCGGGCUGUGUAGACGCCCCCCAGAGGGGCUUUCCCGGCCCCGCCCCCCCCCCAGGUGCACGCAGAAGGUAUCUGGAAACCCAAGCUCUGGGCCCAAGGGGGGGGCCUCGCCGAAGCCCCCAGCAUUGGGUUUCCUCUUCCUCUGCUCUUAGUUACAUGAACCCACGACCCCCGUCCCUGAAGCUCUGACUCCUCCGGCGCUCCCGCUCCGCGUCUCACGCAGAGUAGCCUCAGACUCGUCUGUCUCCAUCCGCCUGUCCGUCUCCGCCCCUUCCACCCUCUCCACCCCGUGUAUCGGAAGAAUACAACCCCGACACCGCUCAUCUAGACCUUAGUGACAGAGCCCGAUAUGCUAACAGCUCUUAGUCCGUCAGGAAUCGUCCAGACUUUUUCCUAAAAAAAAAAAAG